AUGGAUUGGGCAGUCGGAGCUAAUUAUUAUUUACUACGAGCUGUUCAAACACACGGAAAAGACUGGGAUAUUGUUUGCAGCUCCUUGAAAGCUCUUUCUAAAACGUUUCUGAAGAAGGAAAAUCUACAGGGCCUCUCGAAACAGAGUUGUUCACUACAAUACAACUACAUCAUAGCCUCCACCCGUCAAAAAAACCCUGGUGACCUCACCGAGAAUCAGCUGCUGACUAUUUCGCUUGAUCACUAUACCACAUUGCGGCGUGAGCAGCUACAUGCUGUUAGGUUAGAAAUUUUAAGAACUUUAAAGAUUGCAGAAGAAGAUGCGGAGAAGUUGCGACAGGCCGGGUACUCCGAAAUUCCCUCGGACCGACUCAUGAUUUAUAGAAAGAGAUGUCGUGAGUCCGGGAUACCUGAUAAAAUAGGUCAAUGCCUGAAUCUGGAACCUCUUUCUCCUGCUCCUGAGAAGGACAAUAAGGUAUCCGAGGUGUUUCCUACGUCACCUAAACGUCCAAAAACAGAAAUUGCAAAAGAAUUGGUGGACAAAGAUGGUGGUAUUUGGCUUCCUGUAAGGUCGACGCGUAUUUCCCACUUGUUUGAGGAAAACCCAUUAGAUGACCACCAUGAUCACAUUGCGAAAUUUAUGCGAGAACAAAGUGUCAUUUCCCAACGACUUGGUUUUGAAGGACGGAAUGAGGAGAUAUCAAGUCUGGAUACAACAUCAUCGGUUCAAACUCAUUCAGAAGCUGCAAGUAUUCAUAGUCAAGAAGUCAGAACCGAAGAUCCACCACGACCGUGUGAACCUCUCACACAUUUCGACCAUGGUUCUAGUGAAACUGAAUUACAAGGAGGUCCCUCCAAGUGUUUAGAGGUCCACGCUGAACCAAUCACACCUAAUAGUCCGACAAUAGUAAGUGAUUCCGAGACACUGGCUUCUCCACAUUUUACUCAAAGUCUUAAUUCAAGUCCUUCACUAAGCAACAUCGAAGUACAGUCCCCAUAUUCGAGAAGUGCCAAUCGUAACCGAAAGCGUUCAGCAAAACGGAAAGACCUACCUCCAAGUGCUUCUACUACUACUGCUCCAAUGGCGUAUCAAAAUCAAGAACCAGAAUUCACUUCAGCUCUCAGUCCAGCAGUAUCAACUAACUUGGCUAACGAAGAAUGUACAGAUACAAUCCAGUCGACACAUACUAUUGUCCGUCGGUGGCGCCGAUCUCUAUUAUCAGCACUCUCCACAGUAUGCAGUCAUCGUCAUGCUUAUGUGUUCAUGCAUCCUGUAACUGAAGAUAUCGCUCCAGGAUAUAGUACGGUUGUUUAUGAACCAGUGGACUUAACUUCUAUUCGGCGCCGCAUGGAGUUAUCACUCAGUUGUUUGAUUGGUGCUCAACCGUGUACAGCUUCAAAUUCACCUGUUUCGUGUAGUCAAGUUAUUAUAGAUGUUGCAACACGUUUCAUACGAGAUCUUUUGUUGAUGUUUGUGAAUGCAAGAAUAUACAACAGCCGAAACCAUGAAGUUCAUCGAAUGGCUGGGGAAAUGUACCAUGAUGUGAUUAGUGAACUUCAACUUCCCUGGUCAAUCAUGGCUGAAAACAUUCCAGGCUUCCCAAGUCUUCCUGAUAUCACCUCAUAUCUCAAAACGUCACCUGGAACAAUAGUACAUCAGACGCCGAGUUCAGAAGACGCUAGUCCUUCUCAUUCUGCCUCAGUUGUCCUUAGGGAAGAUGAAUCAAGCGGCAGCAAGCAGUGCACUGUUCCAGAUGUCAAACAACUUGAACGUCCUACUCCUGAGGUUGCUUCUCCAACCAGUCCUGUGUCACGUGAAUGCCGUCAGCCGUCAGGAAAUGAUUCUGCAGACGGUAGUGUAACAACAAGUUAG